AUGCAGGCUAGCGAUUUGAAUGUCUCGAAUAAUCGUCACGGUGGAAAAGAGUUUGAGAUGCCCCCAACUGCUGUCGUGGGUCCUCGUCAGUGCAUCCGCUCAACUCGUGUUACAACCGAUAUGCGGGGAUCAAACCGUCAUCUUAGAGAGAACGAUAUGGAACAGUACAGGCACAGCCUACAACAAUUAAACGGUAGGUCAAAUAAAAUUGGGUUACAAAAAAUGUAAUA